AUGUGCUAUAUAGAAGAGAUAGACGGCCCUUCCAAAGACUAUUGUGAUGAGCGCAACACUCAGUACCCUUGUGUGCCAGGCAAGGGAUAUUACGGCAGGGGUCCAAUACAAAUAUCUUGGAACUUUAACUAUGGACCAGCAGGUGAAAGCAUAGGGUUCGAUGGACUAACUGAACCUGAAACUGUGGCCACAGAUAAUGUUAUUUCAUUCAAAACUGCCUUGUGGUUCUGGAUGAACAAUUGUCAUGAUCUUAUCACUUCUGGCCAGGGUUUUGGGGCUACAAUUCGUGCCGUUAACGGACAGCUUGAAUGUGAUGGUGCAAAUCCGGACACUGUUAGUGCUCGUGUUGAGUAUUAUGCUGAAUAUUGUAACCAGUUGGGUGUUGAUCCCGGUGAUAAUCUCAGAUCAGCUGUGCAUGCUUCACACAAGCUGAUCAGUUUUCAGUUCUCUUCCCUACAUAUACCCUUUUUUCUGAUACAACUGCUGCCCACAAGCUUCUCUCCUUUAUCAAAUCCAAAAAUGAAGAGUUUUCCAACCAUCAUUUUCUCCAUUGUAGUUCUUGUAGGAGCCUUUCCACAGCUGAUUUCAAGCCAAAACUGCGGCUGUGCACCAGACUUGUGCUGCAGCAAAUUCGGCUAUUGCGGUACCGGCAACGACUACUGCGGCUCUGGCUGUCAAUCCGGCCCUUGCACCGCUGCUCCGAGCAGUGGUAAUAGUGGCGUUUCAGUUGCUGAUAUUGUGACGGACGCUUUCUUUAAUGGGAUUGCUGAUCAAGCUGCUUCAAGCUGUGCUGGAAAAGGGUUCUAUACUCGAUCAGCUUUUCUUGAAGCUCUGAACUCGUAUCCCCAGUUUGGAACCGCUGGUUCUGUUGAUGAUUCUAAAAGGGAGAUUGCUGCUUUCUUUGCUCAUGUCACUCAUGAGACUGGACAUUUGUGCUACAUAGAAGAGAUAGACGGCCCCUCCAGAGAUUACUGUGAUGAGAGCAACACUCAGUAUCCAUGUGUGCCAGGCAAGGGAUAUUACGGCAGGGGUCCAAUACAGUUAUCAUGGAACUCUAACUAUGGACCAGCAGGUGAAAGCAUUGGAUUCAAUGGACUCAGCCAACCUGAAACUGUAGCUACAAAUAAUGUUAUUUCAUUCAAAACUGGCUUGUGGUAUUGGAUGAACCAUUGUCAUGAUCUUAUCACUUCUGGCCAGGGUUUUGGGGCUACAAUUCGUGCCAUUAAUGGUCGGCUUGAAUGUGAUGGUGCAAAUCCAAACACAGUUAGUGCUCGAGUUGAGUAUUAUACUGAAUAUUGUAGACAAUUGGGUGUCGAGACUGGUGAUAACCUCAGAUGCUAGGGUAUUUAAUCCGAGGAAAAACAAGUUUUUGACGUGAAAUAAUGUUGAGGUACACAGCUGACUGGGGGGAAAAAAGCAAUAAAUUGUUUAACUUUAUUUGUUCUUUACAAGCAAAAGUUAUGACUCUUGAAAUCAAAUAAUUGAUUAUGUUGAUCUUGGUUCGACUUAA